AUGAGAAGGUCAGACUGCCUGGAGGAGGCCGCCAUCCUCUCCAGGAAAGGCGAAGGCGGGAGAAGAGAAGGAAGACCAGGUUUUCAGCCGUUAUCUCAUCUGUCUUCCUAUGAAAUCACUGUCCCAAAGAGAGUAACGAGAGACCGCCGAGAAGUGCCCAGUUCCGGAUCGGCACAGGAGGAAGUAUCAUAUGUCAUUGCAGUAGAAGGACGGGAACAUAUACUACAUCUAGAAAGAAACAAACAACUUUUGCCCAAAGACUUCACAGUUUAUACAUAUAAUGAAGAUGGGACACUGCGUUCCGACACGCCAGAUCUUCAGGGUCACUGCCACUACCAGGGAUAUGUCGAAGGCAUAUUGGAUUCCAUGGCUGCUAUCAGCACUUGUUCCGGACUCAGGGGCUUACUGCAAAUCGAGAACAUCACCUAUGGGAUCGAACCCACGGAAUCACCCUCUGGUUUGCAACACCUCAUUUACCGAAUGGAGAAUGUGAAGAAGGAGCCCAUGGCUUGUGGGGUCACGGGCCUGGACCGAAAAUGGGAAAACUCCCAUCCGCACCCUCCCAGCAUGACUCAGCUGCUGAGAAGAAAACGAGGAGUCCUCCUCCAGACCAGAUACGUGGAGCUCUUUAUAGUUGUGGACAAAGAAAGGUACCAGUUGUUGGGUCAGAAUGAAACUGCUGUAAGAGAAGAAAUGGUGCAGUUGGCCAACUACUUGGACAGUAUGUACGUGAUGUUGAACAUCCGCAUCGUGUUGGUCGGCUUGGAGAUCUGGACGGUGCAGAACAAGAUCCGCCUCGAAGGCGGGGCAGCGGAUGUUCUCGCCAACUUCGUGCAGUGGCGCGAACAGGAUCUCGUCCCACGCCGGAGGCACGACAGCGCACAGUUUGUUCUGAAGAAGGGGUUUGGCGGAACAGCAGGGAUGGCCUACGUGGGGACGGUGUGUUCCAAGAGCCAUGCCGGAGGGAUUAAUGUGUUCGGGACGAUCAGCGUGCAGAUGUUCGCAUCCAUCGUGGCUCAUGAACUGGGGCAUAACCUAGGAAUGAAUCAUGACGAUGAAAGAAACUGUUACUGCAGAACAACGAACUGCAUUAUGAACUCCGGAGCGUCAGGAGCCCGAAACUUCAGCAGCUGCAGCGAGGAGGACUUUGAAAAGCUCACGCUGAACAAGGGGGGAAGUUGCCUGCUCAACAUUCCCCGGCCGGACGAGACCUACAGCGCCCCGUCCUGCGGCAACAAGCUAGUGGACGCUGGCGAGGAAUGCGACUGCGGAUCGCUGGAGGAGUGCAAGUCCGAUCCGUGCUGUGAGGCAGGAGCGUGUCGACUCCGUCCAGGGGCUGAGUGUGGCUACGGAGACUGUUGCCACAACUGCCGAUUCGUUUCCAAAGGCACCCAGUGCCGAGAGAGCGCCAGCGAGUGUGACCUUCCGGAGUACUGCAAUGGGACCGCGCCGUUUUGCCCGCAAGAUGUUACCCUGCAGAAUGGGCAUCCCUGCCACAAAGAGGAGGCCUACUGCUACAACGGCGUGUGCCAGUUCUACGAGGCCCAGUGUCAGGCCAUCUUUGGCUCGAAGGCAAAGGCUGCCCCCGAAAUUUGCUUUUCUGAAGUGAAUUCCAAAGGUGACAGGUUUGGAAACUGUGGUUACCAUGGGCAUGACUACAAGAAGUGCUCAAGCUGGAACGCCAUGUGUGGAAAGCUGCAGUGCGAGAAUGUGGAAACCUUGCCUGUAUUUGGGAUUCAGCCUGCCAUAAUCCAGUCUCGCAUCAAAGGCAGCACUUGCUGGGGUGUGGACUUCCAACUGGGAUCAGAUGUGCCCGAUCCAGGGAUGGUGAACGAGGGCACCAAAUGUGCGCCUGGAAAGAUAUGCAAACACUCCCAGUGUGUGGAUGCUUCCAUUCUAGGUUAUGACUGUGAUAUAAAGAACCAGUGUAAUGGGCAUGGGGUGUGCAACAGCAAUAGGAACUGCCACUGUGAGCCGGGCUGGGCCCCCCCCUUCUGCUCCACCAAAGGCUAUGGAGGCAGCGUGGACAGUGGCCCUCCGUACAGCGAUGACACAACAAGAAAUUGGUUGCUGGUUUUCUUCUGCCUGAUUCUGCCCCUCCUGUUGCUUUUGGUCGGGUGUUACUUUACAAGAAACAAAUUUUUACUACCAUUGGUAGAGAGAUGUUGUAGAGGCUUCAGAAGAUCACGCAGAAGAGCAGAAGUGCCCGUACGCACACAGUGCCCACCCAGCGUGCCGUAUCGUCCAAGAGACACGUCCGCGCAUAUGAACGUGCCAACGAACAGAUACCCCGUGCCCUCGUACGCAGGGAAUCACCAGCCGUACGGCGAACCUUACCGUCGCCAGCCGUACGGCGAUCCCGUGCCGCCCCCAGCGCCGGCCGUGCCGUCCACGGAGCUGCAGUACGUCCCAACCAGGCCUCCGCCCCCCGCGAUGAAGGGGGCAAAACCUCAGGAAAAGCUCUACCCCUCCCGGCCAGCACCUCUGCCUCCCAUGUAACUUUCUGUUUGAGCUGCCCCGUUUGCUGGGCCGUAGCUGCAUCGGUCUUGGAUCAAGUCGCCCUUGGCACCCUUCCUUUUCCUCUCAGCACUGGAUAAGGAAAAGCAAAUGAAGCAAAAACGACGUGCAAAACCAAGGAAUGUAAACUUACCAAGCAAAUACCUCUCUCAACGUUCCAGGAACCGAAAUCACCAAGCCUGUGAAAACUGUCUGUGCAAACUGCAGUUGGGCUGAACUUCUGGAAAAGCGGAUCAGUCUGAAAUAUAAUAAUGUUUUGGGUAUAACUCUGACUUCCCUCCUUUUAUGAAUAGUUUUAACUUGCAUAAAAUACUCAGUACGUGGGAUCUUCCCUUGCCACCUGUUUUAGCAGAGAAUAAAACACUGAACGAAGAUGGGCAUAAUGUUAUGGCAGAGCAGUGGGGUCGAUUAGGAAAAACUUGCUGCAUUUAAUCCAGAUCUACCCUGUUGAAAAAGAUCACGCUCUGUAUAGUUUUUAAAAAUCCAGUUUAACGUUUGCAGUAGAUAGGUAAGGAAUAACACUGUUCAUUUGGUGUCCUCGAGGUCACCAAAAUAUGGUUUCACCAUCCCCUGCUGCCCUGAAAGCAUUUUUGCACUUUUUAAAAUUGAUUUUAAAAAUAAUGAGGCAAGCAAUGGGCAUGUAUAUUUGCAUAUGUGGUACUUAUGAGAAUUGAAAGGGGCUGCCUGUAAUAGGAAGGAAGGGUCAACACUGGCAGCUGAGUUGGCGUUUGAUUGGGUUGGCAAGCGGAAUGGCAGCUGCGUGAGGAUAGCCGAGGACUCGGCUUUGGGCUCGCUUCUUUAAUAUUACAUCUGCCUUUAUGGGUACAGGAAGGCAGGUGUUAAGAAUUCCAGUUCAGUUUGGACCAACACAUUGACAAGAACACAAACGACAAACCUUUACAUACGGACUGGAGUUGGUAAUUUGUGUGCAUGCGACGACAAGUCACUCAUCCAAGAAAAAUUGCCAUUCUCAACAGGCCUACUCGGAACCGCAAUUGAGUUUGGUGAGACCCCCCCCCCCCCCCCCCAAAAAAAAGUGGGUAUAGAAUUGGAGCCUUAGUUUCUGGGUGCUUCCAGACAGGCAGUUCCUAGCGCUGCCAGUCAGAAAUCAUGGUGUGCAGCUGUUUUCUUUUGCUCAAAAGAGUUUCUUUGAAGUGAUGGGAAAUUAUGGGAGGGUUAUCAAGUGGACACUACGUAGUCUGAUCUCUCCUAAAAUUUUGCGAGUGAGGCAGGGCCAUUGCACAAAAAUGGCUUCAUUUGGAAGCACCCAACUUCUCAAAAGAGUAUGAAAUCUAUUGUGCAUAGGUUUUAUUGGUGUGAAACAGUGUGAAUCUGAAUGUAUUUUAACACAUUAAAACAAAGGCAAUUUUAACUGUGCGUUGGCUGACACUUAACUGUAGUUAAUAAAGUUUCUUAGGAAAAUUUAACUUAACAAAUGUUAGUUAAUGAAUACCUGUACAGCAAAUUCUAAUUUAGCAUUCUUGGUUGUUCAGAAUAAAGGUAUGGGAAAGUCACAUUUUGGGGUCAAGGCUGAGGAAUGGCUGGCACUGCGCUUGGGCAGUUCUCAUGGAUUCUAGCUUUGAAUGUCAAAUAAGUUAGAAUUGGAAGGGUCACUUGGAAAAUGUGAGAAUAACCAGUGCUCCUGGACUGGACAUGAUUUACUGAAAGCACAAAUCCACGGUGUGUUGAUUCCUGUGACUUUAGUGUCCCUCCAUCAAGGGUGGUUUGCAGUCCGAGUGUGAUUUCUCCUAACUGAGGAUCACAAUCCGUACAGGACCAUCACCGGUUGCCCUGGCUGCUCCCAACAGCAUCAGUCGGGAUCACAAAGAUGCUAUGCAAUUCAUGCUAACGCCGUGCAAAUUAGCUGCGGCCCUUCGGCUUCUGUUUUUUCCCACGUGGCCUUCAGACACCUAUGCCAAGCUAGUCCGUGCUGCUGAAAUUUUAUAAAUGUAGAUAGGGGAAGGGCGUUGGGAGGGGGAAAGGGUGAGUAUGUGCUGUUGGGAACCUCAGCUCAACAACGGCAUAUUUCAUCGUGGCCAGUGUGCAUAUUCACCGACGCUACACAGCUGCCAUAACAUCUUUAGGGUGACGGCACCUUUAUUUCAAGCCCACUGAAAAAUGUUAUGAGCACUUUAAAUCCUAGCGGCCUGCGGAAGAAUCCAGUGUCGCUCAUCACUUUAGAACGUUGCUUUUCAUGUCAGGAUGUUUACAUUGGCUAAAUCUUGUUGGAUUGAACUGCUUCAAUCUUUGCACCGAUUGAGCCAGAUUUUUUAAAAUUAUACCUGCUUUAAGAAAACAAUCUGUUAGACUCGGGGUCCUUGAUUGGUAUGAGGCAAGGUGGCGGGAUAUCGGUGUGCUACGAGUUAGUAUAAGGUUAAUAACGGGUGAGGACUCUUACAAAGUUGUGUGUGCCACACUAGCUUCAGAGAAUAUCAUUUUUAUUAAAUUAUGCUAGGAUGUAUUCCCACACAGUGGUCGCUGUUCGGCAUCACUCUGUUUGGUAAAUUUCUUCAUAAUUCCUGCCAAAAAUAAGAAAGUUUUUAACAGUGUUUGUAUAUAUUCAUAUAGAAAUAUAUGUCUGCAUUUGGAGCAAUAAAAGACUUGAACUAUUCUAGUCUCUCAGA